AUGAGAAGACUCAAGGUUGGGAUACGACCUCAACUUAUUAUAAUAACGAGUUUUGCUAGUCUUUUUUCAUUAUUAAUAUUGGGGAUUGUAACAGGAAUAUAUUUUAGUGAAAAUUUAACUCAGUUACAAUUGGAAAGAUUAUUUGUUAUAUCACAACUUAAAACAACUCAAGUGGAACAAGCUAUUGCUUAUAUUGCAUAUCAGUUUCUGACAUUAUCAAGUAUUGAUUCAAUAACAAUACCUUUAUCUGAAUAUAGGGCAGGGAAUAAUUCACAAUCAGUUUUUACAAAUGCUCAAAAUACUUUGAAACAAUAUAUUGCAUCAACUGAAACUUUUGCUGCUGCAAGAUUAUAUAAUUUAGAUUUACAAGUUAUGGCUUCAAGUUAUAAUAAUGCAACUAUUGUUUCAGAACCUGCAAGAGAUUUUUUAUUUCCAUUACAACAAAAUGCUUCAAUUCCUUCAACUUUAUUAAAUAAUCAAGAUUCUUUAUAUAUAACGGGGCCAGUGGCUAAUGAUACUAAUAAUGUUAAUAAUUCAACCUACUUUUUUGGUUUGACGUUACCUGUAUAUACUAAUACAUCAAUAAUUAUAAAUCAACCUUAUGUUGCUGGUUACUUAUCAAUCAUAGCAUCUGCAGAUGCAAUUAAUAGUGCAUUGAAUGCAUCAACCGAAGGUUUACAAACAUUUGCAAUAAAACCAAUUUAUGGACUGAUUGAAAAUGGAAUUGAUAAUUUAGAAGAUAAUACAAAUACUAAUGAAGAAGCUAUUGCAUUUCAACCAGUUUUCCCAAUAGAAGGUAGUCAAUUAGAACCGGGGCAAAUUUACAAUAUAAAUUCAUCAGAAUCAAUUAAAUAUGCAAUUACACAUCAAGCUGGUCAAGUUGCAGAUGUAACGAGUUUUAGUCAAAAAAAAGUUAGUAGUGGUUUUACUCAAUUACAUUUUGAAAAUAUAAUUUGGGAAAUUUUAGUAAUUCAAGAUAAAAAUGAUUUUGAUCAACCAAUUGAUCGAUUAAAAAAGAUCAUUAUUGGAGUUGUUAUUGGUAUUGGUGCAUUUAUGUGUUUAAUUACAUUUCCAUUAGCUGUUUGGUUUAUUAGACCAAUUACAAAAUUAAAAACUGCAACUGAAGAAAUCACAAGUUACAAAAAACUGAAUCAAACACAUUCUGGUAAUAAUAAAGAUAAUAAUGAUAAUGAUGAAAAGAAAAGAAAUAGUGUAUUUUCAAAUGUAGGUUCUGAACAUUCAUCUGGUAUGAGAUUACCUACACAAAUACCAAGAUCAAAGAAAUUUUUUAAAGAUGAAUUGACUGAAUUAUCAGAAGCUUUUAAUAUAAUGAGUGAAGAAUUGGAUAAACAAUAUACUCAUUUAGAAGAUCGUGUUAAAUCAAGAACAAAAGAAUUGGAAGCAUCUAAAUUACAAGCAGAAGCUGCUAAUGAAGCUAAAACUGUUUUCAUUGCUAAUAUAUCGCAUGAAUUAAGAACUCCAUUAAAUGGUAUAUUAGGUAUGACAUCAAUUGCCAUGGAUGAAGAAGAUUGUACAAAAAUUCAAGAUUCAUUGAAAUUAAUUCAUAGAUCUGGAGAAUUAUUAUUACAUAUUUUAACUGAAUUAUUAACAUAUUCUAAAAACACAUUAAAUAGAUCAAAAUUGGAAAAAUCUACCUUUCAAAUAUUUGAAUUAGUUUAUCAAACAAAGUCAAUUUUUAGCAAAUUAGCUCAUGAUCAAAGAGUGAAUUUGAAAAUUUUUGUCAAACCAAAUAUAUUUAGAAAAUUAUAUCUUUAUGGUGAUUCAAAUCGAAUGUUACAAAUUAUCAUGAAUUUAGUUUCUAAUUCAUUGAAAUUCACUCCUAUUGAAGGUUCAGUUACUGUUACAUUCAAACUAUUAGGAGAAUAUGAUGCAGAAAAAUCAAAGGAAGAAAAUUUUGAAAAAGUUUAUAUUAAAAAUGAAACAACCACGAUCAAAGCUACUGGAUCUGAAGUUAAGGAAAAGAAAACAUCAAAAUCACUACGCAAGCGGUCAUCAAAACCAGAAGAAGAAGUUGACAAUAUACUAUCUUCAAACGAUGAUAUGAGUAUUUUAACUUUAUCAACACAAGAAUAUGAAAAUAAAGUAUUUGAAUCACAAUUCAAUCUUAAACCAUUACCAUCACCACCAUCACAACAAUCAGAACCACCAACUACAGCAACUACAGACGACAAAAAUGAUUCUAUAUCAAGUGAAACCAAAAACAUAUCAUCAUCAUCAGAUUCUGACGAAAAGGAAAAACCAAGUAUACUACCUACACAAGCAGAAUUAAAUAAAGUAGAAACAAGACAUAAUGUAAUGCCACAACCAAAAGAUUAUAAAUCAUAUACUUCAUUUGAUAAAAAACCUGAGUAUGAUUUAAGUAUGGCACCACUGGCAGAUUUUGGUGGUGAUAAAUAUCGUGUUCGUAAAAUGUAUAAAUCUAAGAUUUGGGUAGUUCAAAUUGAAGUUGAUGAUACAGGACCAGGUAUUGAACCAGCUUUGCAAGAAAAAGUUUUUGAACCAUUUGUUCAAGGUGAUCAAACAUUGAGUAGAAGUUAUGGAGGUACUGGUUUAGGUUUAUCAAUUUGCAAACAAUUGGCAAAAAUGAUGCAUGGUACAUUGACAUUAAAAUCAACAAUUGGUAAAGGUUCAAAAUUUAUAUUAACAUUACCUAUUCCACAAGUUGGUGAAAUUAUGAUUCCAUUAGCAGAUUUGGAAAAACAUUCACAAGAUGAAUUCAAUCCAAGUGCGAAAAUAAAUAGAAAAGUUUUAUUUAAAGAAGAUGAAGAAGUUAUAGAAGAGAAAGAAGAAAUAUUGGAGAAGGAAGAAGAAAAAGAUCAAUUAGAUAAUGGAGAUUCACCAAGAAAGAAGAAAUUACCACCAUCAGUUAAAUUAAAAAUUGAUAAACCAAAAUUAUUUACUCGAAGUUCAACAGGUACUGCAAUGUCAGAUGAAAAUAAAUCUUCACAACCAACAUCACCAACUCCAACACCACCAGGAACUUCAUCAUCAAACCAUUCUUCAUCAUUAUUAGAUGAUAUGUCACACUUGAAAUUAUUAGUUGCAGAAGAUAAUUUAGUUAAUCAAGAAGUUAUCAAAAGAAUGUUGAAAUUAGAAGGGUUUGAAAAUAUUACAAUGGCUUGUAAUGGUGCAGAAGCAAUUGAAUUUGUUAAAGAAGCAAUUGCAAAUCAAGAACCAUUUGAUUUAAUAUUUAUGGAUGUUCAAAUGCCAAAAGUUGAUGGUUUAUUAGCAACUAAAAUGAUACGACAAAAUUUAAAUUAUAAAAAUCCAAUUAUUGCAUUGACUGCAUUUGCAGAUGAUUCAAACUAUAAAGAAUGUUUAACUGCUGGUAUGUCAGGAUAUUUACCAAAACCAAUUAGAAGACAAAAUUUAAGAAAAAUUAUUGUUGAAAAUGCUCAUAUUUUAUUAAAUGAUUUAGUUUUAACUCCUCAUAGCAAUAAUGAAGAUAAAAGAUUAGGAUAUGGUAAAUCAUAUAUUCCACCACCGCCAUCAAAAGAAUCACCAAAAUCAAAUCCACCAACACCACCAAAAGAUGAAAAAAAUCUAACAAAAAAAGAUGAUUCAAAACCAACUACACCAAAAGCAUAG